UAAGAGCAAAUCUGGUCUCCCAAACUCGGUCAACUUGACGGAGUGCUCCGUACAUAACGACACGGCAACAACUCGAGAACCCAGCGCACCACAACACCACACGAAUUCAACGCCCGCAAUGUCCAACCUCGAGAUCAUCCACGCCUACCGGAAGCUCCUCCGCGCGGCCCUGCGCGCGGUGCAGUUCUCGCAGCCGUCGCGGUCGACGGUGACGGCGGCGCUGCGCGAGGGCUUCCGCGACACGCGGGCGGCGGGGGGCGCGGGCUUCGACGCGGAGCGCGUGCGGCGCACCGUCUGGUUCCUCAACGCGGCGGCGCAGCGCCGCGGGCUGGAGCACCGCAUCCUCAAGAACCUGUGCCGCGUGCGCUGGGAGCGCGCGCGCGAGGCGAGCAAGACGCCCUGGCGCGUCACGGUGCGCGAGGAGCAGCUCCGGAAGGAGGGGAAGAGGAAGGCCAGGGACCCGGAUGUCAUCAGUGGCACGCAGUAUCAGCAUUAUGACCUGACCAUUGCCAUGCUCAAUGACACGAUGGGGUUGUGUCUGAGAUGAUGGCUGCAUUGCAGAUUGUCAUCCUGGCCUUGCCUGCCGGUACCGCGUGACGGCUCCCGCAAACGGUCCCUAAGUGCGGGCGCCCAAUGUGGCGUGCCCCCGCCGAGAAGAAGCAUUUCCUGGUGCAGGGUUCGACAGCGCUGAAUCAGCAACUGCUUCCGCUCUGCAGCUGGCACCGCGGCACCAACAAC